AUGUUUUCAUCGGAAACCGGCAAAUGGAUCAGCUACAAAUUACCUUGCCCUAUUCCCAUCCAAUGGUCGGAACUGGCGGAUGGCCCAAUCUAUUGCUACGGGGCUCUCCAUUGGGAAGUACGUUAUAAUGGCCUGCUUGCAUUUGAUCCUUACAAAGAUCCAAAAUCUGUUCGCCUAAUUCCAUUCCCAGAUGACAGAGAUCUCCUGAGUAAGUAUUUAGACAGUUCUUCUCAAUUAUGUGGGGAGAGCCAAGGGACCCUUCGUUAUUUCGAGGUGGCUCAUGGUCGCAAGCAGUUCUAUUUGUUCAGCAUGUGGGCUAUGAAUGAUUAUGAGAAAGGAGAAUGGUGUUGUGAGUUUAAGUUGAGACGCAGCGAUCUGGAAUUGAGUAAUUGGCUGACUCGGUACGGAUGGUUUAUUCCUUUAUCGUUUCAUCCGUUAAAUCCAAAUGUUGUGUAUUUGUAUUGCAUGGAGCCUGAGCGUAUUGUGUCGUAUAAUAUUCUGAAUAGAAGGCUCGAUUUUGCUUCUAAACCGAAUGACCGCGGUCAAAGUCUUCAUUCUGUGAUCCCAUUUGUGUUGCCAAGAUGGCCGGUGCUUGUUCCAAUUGCCACUUUUAAAAGCAAAAAAAAAAAAAAAAAAAAAGUAAAGUGCAGAAAUUAG